AUGCUAUUACCGCGCCUGCUUCCGACAGAUUUUCUUCGCUUCAAGGUAGGCCGUGACGAUAUGGAAGUGUUCAUGGCUGCAUUUAGCGAUGGAAUCAAUGAACUGAAUGGCGUACUAAUCAGACUAACAGCCAACUGCAGUUCAUUGGCUACCUUAGCGCUCCGCUACGCACUAAUAUCGUUGUCUUUCCAGCGACUCGGGGUGCCUCUCAGGGCGGCACAGAACCAACUGCACGCUAUAAGAGCUCUGCAGGCAGUAAUAGAGCAACCUUUACCAUGGGAUGAAGCAGAUGCUUUCAGGGCAGUCGCUGCCAGCGUGGUACUCUAUAUAUUCGAAAUGCAGAAUGCCGAGUCCUCUAUGAACUGGGUGGUUUAUUUUGACGGUGCCAGACGGAUCGCUGAGAAAGCGUAUAAAGGAGGCGGGGACAAUGGUUGCGACGCACAACUGCUGAUGGACUGGGUCUUUUCGCAUUGCACCAUGUAUCAAUUCAGCUUUUUUUAUUGGGUUCGACGAGAAUACCCACAAGCAUGGCUUGCUAGGCAGAGGCGACUGGUUCAUACAUCAGUUUCAUCUCCUCUGCGUCAGGUCAUACUUCCAUUAUAUGGAUGCUCUCUGGAGCUGCUUGACACCCUGCAUGACGUGUUGCUGAACUGCUUAGAUCGCACCGACUCUGAAUACAUGUCACAGAGACACAAAGAUAUCCUUGAUCAGCUGACAGAUCGGCUGCAGAAUCUCAUUCAGCGAGAAAGAGUGGGUGAUGACAGAACUGAUAGCCCCCAAUCCUCACAUGCUCGUCAAGUCGCUGAAGCCUUUCGCCUUGCGGCGCUUCUUUUUCUGGAGCGUGUCGCAAGGAAUAGUCGUCGGGAUGCACCACGUGUUGCACGACUAAGAUCUGAAGCAUUCGCUCUGCUUGGCAACAUGCGAAUCUGCGACCGGCCAUGGCCUCUAUUCGUUCUAUCCAUCGAAGCCGAAGAUGGAGAUCAGCGGCGACUGACUCUAGCUAUGAUGGAACGUAUCAUGAAGCGUGGACCUCAGGCCAAAUUCGCUCCGGUCUGUAACAUGGUGCGUGAGGCUUGGGCGCUGCAAGACCUUGCUGUUGGAGACGAAAUAGAUGCGCUAGAUCUAUAUAGGGCCUUGAUUCAGUCAAGCCGGCUACCGCCACUGUUUGGCUGA